AUGUCCCUCCGUUAUGUUCAGCAUAUACUCUACUCAGUGGCGAUAACGUCCAUCAGUAUACACCUGUUGAACACCCGAAAGUCGGCGGAAGCGACGCGUUCUCAGCUCCGGGCCCAAAUCUCCGUCCUCGAGACGAUCGCGCAAAGGCUGCGCUCUGGCGAAGACGUGUCAGACGCAGAAAUCAGUCGACUGCAACGAUUGCUUCGCGCGAACGAGGUCGAUGCAUUAGAAUCUACGAGUACUUCCGAUAAGGAUGAGAUUGGGUGGAGAGAAGUCUUGUUGGGUCGGAAACGACGUGAAGCGGAACGGCUGAAGACCGAGGAAUUAGACAGACGCGACAUGGAAAGAGUGGAGGCGUCGAUCCGCGCAGAAGGCUGACACUGCGUUUUUCUACCGUUGCCACCCUCUUGUACGCCUAGUCUCCCCAGUCAGACUCUCGAUGCGCAGUGAAGACAAUCGUUCACACGCAUACUCGGGUCUCUACACGCUCUUCAACCAGCAUAGCAGUUAAACCCAGGCUCCUAUCCAAUAUAUGACUACGCUAGAUUGAAGACUCGGCGGAUUUCCCCUGUGAAGUCGUGAUCGCUCCUUGACGUGGUCUCAUGACCGGCGCACCAAUAGCAGCUACGUGCACAGCUGUUGCAGCUCUGUUGUCGGUCGACGAUGGUACGGCUUCCGAACGCUCCGUAUGGACCUCCGAAUGCGCUACCGAAUGCCGAGCUCGAGUGCUGACCGUCAUCAACCGCUUUCGGCGAUUCUGUGAAACUUU